CCCGAGACGGAGAGAACGAAACGUAUCACAGACACAGUUGUUGUAAACAAAGGCAUCGUCAAGAAGAGUAUCUGCAACUUCGGCACCCAAGCUUUUUGACUUUUUCUUUUCCCCCUAAUUUUUGGUUGUAGAGAGAGAAAACUGGUUCAGAAGGAGAGAGAAAGAGAAAGAGAAAGAGAAAGAGAGUAUGAUUUAUUAAUUUAUACAUAAAUUUAUUACACAUAUUUAUGAGUAUUAAAAAGUGAAUGAGAAACCCGCCUUCUCUGCUAUCUCUCUCUGUUGACUCUGCUCUCCAUAAUCUCUCUCGCAUCUCUGAUCUCUCUCCUCUCCCUGAGCACAUCCUCCUCGACCUUUUCCUGAAAACAUUGAAAGCUGGAAAGCUUAACGAGAGAGUUCUCAAGUUGUUCAUUGCAACUGGCAAAGAUGAAGUACUUGCAGUAAUCCAGGCACUUAAUAUUCGCGAGAUUAUUGCUCCUGUAAUUCCUAGUAGUACCACAAACUUUACUGUCAAUCAUGAUAAGAUUGACAUUGUGAUUGCUGCCCUCCAUCCUGACCUGACAUCAUUCCUAAAUGAUUGGAGACCUGUAUUUUCUCCAUACCACCUGAUUAUAGUAAAAGAUCUUGAUAUGAAAGAGGAACUUAUAAUACCUGAUGGCUUUAACGUUGAUGUCUUUACAAAAUCUGACAUGGACCGUGUGGUUGGUUCCUCUUCUUCAAUUCUCUUCUCUGGCUACUCAUGCCGUUAUUUUGGCUUCCUUGUGUCCCAGAAGAAGUACAUUGUCUCUGUUGAUGAUGACUGCACCCCUGUCAAGAAUGACGAUGGUUCUGUAGUAGACAUUGUGGCCCAGCAUAUUGCCAACCUUACAAGUCCAGCAACCCCUUUCUUUUUCAACACACUUUAUGAUCCUUACCGAAAGGGAGCAGAUUUCGUUCGUGGCUACCCAUUUAGCCUGCGGAGUGGGGUUUUGUGUGCUCUGUCAUGUGGAUUGUGGCUAAAUUUGGCAGACUACGAUGCACCAACACAAGCUCUCAAACCAGAACUGAGGAAUUCACGAUUUGUGGAUGCCGUCCUGACUGUUCCAGCUAGAACCUUGAUGCCUUUAAGUGGAAUCAACAUUGCUUUCGAUCGUGAGUUGGUUGGACCAGCACUGUUUCCAGCUUUAAGGUUGGCAGGAGAAGGGAAGUUUAGGUGGGAAACAAUGGAAGAUAUUUGGUCUGGAAUGUGUGUGAAAGUUAUUUGUGAUCACCUUGGCUUUGGGGUUAAAAGUGGACUGCCAUAUGUGGAGAGAGCAGAGAGAGGCAAUGCUGUUGACAGCUUGAGAAAAGAGUGGGAAGGGGUCAAGCUGAUGGAGGAAGUUGUUCCUUUCUUUCAGGCGCUGAGGUUAAACCCUGAGAGCGUUAAAGCUGAGGAUUGUGUUAUUGACAUUGCAAAAGAAGUGAAGGACCAACUGGGAAAGGUGGAUCCUGUGUUUGGUCGUGCUGCUGCAGCCAUGGUGGACUGGGUGAGGCUUUGGAAAGCAGUGGGAUCUAGUUCUUCCUGAACUUGGUGACUAGUGCUUGUUGCUGUGAUUGCGUCAUAUUUGUCAUAUGUUUUUUUUACUUGGUUUUCCAUUGUCAUUUGUUGUUGAUGUUUGUUUUGCCCCUUGUUACUAACUUAUAGCUGACAUAAUUAAUAUGAUGUGUUGGAAUUGGAAUAAUAGAUGGCAUGUUAACUGCUGUCGUUAUGAAGAGAUUUAUAAAUAUAUGGUUUAUUUUAUAUUA